AUGACGCAAAUUGAUACAACGGAAUAUUCCGCGGAUACGAUUCUUAGGGUCCUCAUCGCCAGGGCUGGUGGUCCUAUCGUCAGGAACCACCCACACGCACAACCGCUCAUACGCACAUUCAGGGAUCUUACAAAAGACUGGAAAGGAAAUUCAGAUGUGUAUGUUUUACCUACAAAAAUAUGGAUUCAAGAAGAUCAAAUAUGGUACUUUACGAUCACUUUAAUUCAAAUUCUACAGACAAUUAUUAAAUCAUAUGUAAGACAUGAAAGUGUAUCAACGUUAAAUAACAUCACAUUGUUUACCUUCCAAACUAUAUCAUUAUAUUCAACCUCAUACAAGAACAAUCAAUGCUUUAUAACUCUUAAAAACAUACGCAGUUCUCAGUUUAUAAUCCUGAUGAUUCAGAAAUUGUGUAACCAAGUCUUAGUUUUGCGACUAUGGUUUAAAUAGAGCUGAGCUAUUUUAUCUAUUUUAAGGUAAUAAAGACAUGUAACUAUUUUGUGGAAGUUAUGUGAUAGUUAUUUGGUAUGUAAGUAUAGUCUAAAUAUACAAAUAUGGUAA